AUGAUGAAUCUUCCGCAUGGAUUGGGCAAUGAUCCCCUCCAACUACCGCAGCAACAACAACGGACAACGCAUUCCCUUCAAAUGCCUCCAGUCCCGCCUCUCCAUUCCCAUAUGAUGACUCAUCCACAUCAAUCUCUCCACCAAUCUCAUCUGCAAACCGUGCACCUCCAAUCACAACAACAACAACAACAACAGCCACAGCAACCACACUAUCCGAUUCUCUCGAAUAUCUCCAAUUCCCAUUCCAACCUCCCCACCUCUUCCUCAUUCCGUUCCCAUCUACAAGGCACUUCUCAAGACUCUCACCACUCUCGCCCACAACAUUAUUCAUACGAUACCCAAACGAUGCACUACAUGAUGCCCCCGACCUCGAUGAUCACACAAAAUGGAAUGGGAUUGGCACAAAAUUUGCAGCAGAACUUGCAACAAAAUCUGCAACAAAAUUUGCAACAAAACUUGAGCCAAAAUUUCCCGAUGCCUCCAAUCCUCAACCCGCCCCCGUCCUCCGUUCUUCACUCGUCAACCCUCCAACAAUUAAACUCAAUCCCCAGCUAUCCGUCGCGUGAGCCGCCGACAACGAGAAACGAUCGGUCUAUUGUUAACUUAGAUGUCCCAGUUUUACAGUCAAUCCCCGGCCCGCCAACCUCGUCAUCUUCUUCAAAUCCCUCACCUCCCACCUCCUCUAUCCCGCCAUCAAAUCCAAUCCAAGAAACGAAUCCUCCAAACGUGGCAAAUCAAUCCUCGUCCUCAAUCACUGCAUCAUCUCAACCAAUCAUUAGCGGUGAUCCGGCUGAUGUGAAAUGCCUCGUCUGUGGUGACUCCAAUGCUCAGAAUCAUUAUGGAACCGUGUGUUGUCCGAGUUGCAAGGGUUUCUUUCGUCGUUCUUAUUUAGCUUCAAAAAAUCUGGAGUGCUAUCGUGGGAACUGUUGUGUGAUUACGAAAAGUACACGGAAUAAUUGUCGAGCGUGUCGAUAUAAGAAAUGUCUUUCGGCUGGGAUGAAUCCAAAUGAGAUUCGCCACAAAUCGGAGCAAGGUGAUGAACGAGGUGGAAGUCCACAAGAAGUGAAAGUGUUCAUCGAAAAUCAUAGUGAAGCCUCUGGAUCAUCCACUGCACUCGCUUUGCCACCUGCUCUUGCUCCGGCUGUUGACCCUCUUUUCAUGAACACCGAUGAGGCAAAGCUCCUUGCGAGCUUUUACGUGAAUUUGGAAAGAUAUUGUGACAAUUCGGUUUUCAAUGGCAAUGAAAUUGGGUCAGAGGAAGAGGAGUUUUUGAUCAACUCAAUGCUCGAAUCAUCAGUUGAGGAUCUUCUCCUUAAAAGAAGCGCACAAUGUCCACGAUUUCCGAUAAUCUGGAAGCCACAUCAGAUGAUCGGCGGGAAAUCUUUCAAACGUGUCUACGCGCGUUUGGUGGUGUUUUUCUGCGACUGGGUGAACCAUAUUCCGCUCUUCAAAAGUCUCUGUGUAUCGGAUAAGGUUCAACUAUUCAUCGCUCGACUUACCCAAGUCUUAUUGCUCAAUAUGUGCUAUCGAACGUACAAAGAGGGUUGCGGUGGACUGCUUCUAGGCACGGGAUCGGUGUUUCCAUUUGAUAAAGCUCUUCGAUCACAAAUCGACGAUGAUCAGGUUCGGAACAUGUUCUCGCAAGUGGUCGACUCGGUGUUUGCCGAUGUGAUCUUUCCGAUGAAAGAUUUGGAUAUCAAUGAGGAUGAGUACUGUAUGCUAAAGGCAACUCUAUUCCUAUUUGAAGGGUUCCCCUUUAAUCAACUCACUGAACACGGAAAAGAAGUGCUUGUGAGGGAAAAGCAUCGACAUAAGGCAGCUCUCGUGGCUUUGAUUUUACAGAAGAAAGAGACAAAUCCCUCGAUCGAUCAUCUCUUCAAAUUGAUUCAAGUCGAACAUCUAACGACCACUAUUGAGGCUGUCUCCAACUACAUCGAUAAGGAGUUUGGUCUAAUGAAUUUGUUUGGAUUAUCGGGAAUGCGAGGGAAGCUCAUCCAUGAAUGUCAUGUUAUGAAAUAUGCAUUCUGU